GCGCGCUUGUGUUGUCGGCCGACUCGCCUGACGUCACCGCUGGAACUGCCCUGUCACGCGCUGUUAGUAAAAGUUGGGAUAGGAGCUCGAGACGGAGAGCAGCAGCGAAAUUACGGACGAGCUCGAUCAACGGUCACGCUGUAUGAGGUGUUAUUCGUGCCUUUUCUAAGGCUUAGCAGGAGACGCUCACCCCUCCCACCGCUUCACGCCACGGGCAAAAAGUUCAAGCCGCUGCGAGAUCGCUGAAGCUCCGCAGAGGGUCGAAGAGUUUGGAUUAUUCUGAAGGAGAAGCAAUCAUAUUUCUGCCCGGGCUUAGAGAAGUACAGCGCGGAGGAAAAGUUUAAAAGUUUCACCUUUAUUUGUAGUCAAUGUAGUGAGUUUAUUAAAGAGUCGGCGUUCUUACACGGGUGAGCCCGAGCUGUCAAACCCGAUGACUACUGCAAACUGCCCCGGGAAUGAAGAGCUGGACUUCAGAUUGAUCUUUGGAGAAGACGGGCAGCAGCCGCCGCUAGGCCCCGCAGAUCUAGAAACAGAUGAAAACACAUCAUUUUACGUCCUCAAUGUGGGACAACCUCCUUCAGUGGUGAACCAAUCAUACGGUCUCCAGCGGCAUGGAGGCCCAGCCCAACUCAUUGCCACCUCCCCAUCCCUGCAGGCCCACCACAAGGCCUAUGAGCCCAGCUACGAGCCCCAGGACUCUAAAUACACGCACACAGGGGUGGGCGGAGGAGGCCAUGGCCCACCUAAGGCUUUUGAAUGUCCCAGCAUCCAGAUCACCUCAAUCUCCCCGAGCUGCCAGCAGGAGAUGGAGGCCAGCGAGGAUGAGAUGAGAGCGAAGGGUCCGGAUAGAGACUACCACAACAGACCUCUGUCUCGAGACCACCUGUACCUGCCUCUAGAUCACUCGUAUCGAGAUUCAUCCCUGAGCCCGAGUCCAUGUAGCAGCCUUUCCUCUCGUAGCUGGUUCUCCGACGCAUCGUCCUGCGAAUCCAUCUCACACGUGUACGAUGACGUGGAUUCAGAGCUAAAUGAAGCAGCGGCACGUUUCACCCUGGGCUCGCCGCUGACCUCGCCUGGCUGCUCUCCACAGACUGGACCACAUGAGGAAGUGUGGCAACAGCAGCAUCACCAUCAUCACCCGGCCUUCAUUCACUCCCUUUCUCAUUCGCAUGGCCAUUCUCUCUCACCCCGCCAGUCGCCUUGCCACUCGCCCCGUACCAGCAUCACAGAUGAGAACUGGCUGAACCCUCGCUCACCCUCACGGCCCUCUUCACGUCCGACAUCACCCUGCGGGAAGAGACGCCACUCCAGCGCUGAUAUAUGCUACCUGGGCUCUUUAUCACCCCAUCACUCCCCGACUGCCACGCCCGGCCCCUCGCCCAGGGGGAGCGUGACUGAAGACACCUGGAUAGGAAGCCCAUCUAUGGGUGUAUCCCCUUUCCAGUGUUGUCCCUCUGAGGCUGACAUCCCCUCCAAGACGAGAAAGACCUCCCAGGACUGUACAGCAGCAAUCCAGUCAGGAAAGGGUGACCUGGGCAUGGAUGACUCUGGGAAUGUGUCUCCUUUGCUUGACUCACCUGCUGAGGACGGCAUGCACGGAUUAAAGAAGGAUGGAUCUGGAGAGCAGUUUCUUUCUGUCCCAUCUCACUUCACAUGGAACAAACCCAAACCAGGACACACACCUAUUUUCAGGGCGUCAUCCCUGCCUCCCCUGGACUGGCCGUUGCCGAAUCAGUACGGGCAGUAUGAGCUAAAGGUCGAGGUUCACCCCAAAACUCAUCACAGAGCUCAUUACGAGACCGAAGGCAGCCGAGGGGCCAUCAAAGCCGCAUCCGGGGGACACCCUAUCGUCAAGCUUGUUGGCUACAAUGAGAAGCCAGUGAACCUGCAGAUGUUCAUCGGGACAGCGGAUGACCGUUAUUUGAGGCCGCACGCGUUCUACCAGGUUCACCGCAUAACAGGAAAAACUGUCGCUACGGCAAGCCAGGAAAUUAUCAUCGCCAGCACGAAGGUUCUCGAGAUUCCUCUCCUUCCUGAAAACAAUAUGUCUGCCAGUAUUGAUUGUGCUGGAAUCCUGAAGUUGAGGAACUCUGACAUUGAGCUGAGGAAAGGAGAGACUGAUAUUGGACGGAAAAACACUCGGGUCCGUGUGGUGUUCCGAGUUCACAUCCCACAACCCAAUGGAAAAGUGGUCUCACUGCAGGCUGCUUCAAUUCCAGUGGAGUGCUCCCAGCGCUCAGCACAGGAGUUACCUCAGGUCGAGAAGGCCAGCAUUAGCAGCUGCUCAGUGAGUGGAGGAGAGGAAAUGGUCAUCACUGGCUCCAACUUCUUCCCUGAGUCAAAGGUCAUUUUUUUGGAGAAAGGUCCUGAUGGACGACCACAGUGGGAGGUGGAGGCGAAGAUCAUCAGAGAGAAGAGUCAAGGAUCUAGCAUCGUGGUGGAGGUGCCUCCUUAUCACAGUAAGACGGUCACUUCAGUGGUGCAGGUGCAGUUCUACGUGUGCAAUGGCAAACGGAAAAGGAGCCAGUCACAGCGCUUUACCUAUCUUCCUGUACGGGUCAAGCAGGAACAUAGGGAUGAUUUGGACUCCCCUGCCGUGCCGCCCAUGUCCAUGCCUCUUGUCCAUGCUGCCAGUUUGGUCUGUGCUCAGCCGCUGUCCUCCCCAGAGCACUCCCACCCACCAGACGGCCUUCUGUCCAGCUCCCCACGUGGCCUGGCUGCAGGCCUGCACCCUCUCCAGGCCCCCUGCGCCCCAAUGGGCUCCCCAACUCUUCCCCACCUGCCCCACCUUCAGGCUCAAGGGCUGAAUGCACCUCCUGAAUGCCAGAUGCCCUUCCACCCAGGCCCUGCUGCCACUGCCAGGCCGUCUUACCCACCCAUACAGCACAACAUGCCCUUCAACGGCCAGCACAGUCUUCCUAUGACUACGGGCUCCCCACAGGCAUAUGAGCGAAUACCCUUCCAGGCCGACCCGGCUGGGUGUCACUCCCUGGGUUUGGGGAUGGUGUAUGGACCGGCUUCUUCGACACCCACCUCUGGAGUGCCUCCGGGGCCUGGCUCUAGCCCUAGCCACGCAGCCUGUACAGGUAGCAACCAGGUCAUGGCCCACUCUGCCCCUCACCAUCACUCGCUAGGCUACCACUGCCCCGCUCCAGGGCAGGUCCCAUCACCCACCCACACAUUGGGACAGCCGGCCCCACAGCUCCAGCAUCCCCUGGUUUACCAUCCGGCCGGGCAGCGGUCUGCCUCCUGUCCCACACCCUCCAGUGCUCCUGUUCAUAUGGUGCCAUCUCCCCACUCUGGGCCCUCGUCCCCCCAACUCCAUUCCCUCCCUUACCACUCACCCACCUCCCCGUCUCCUACAUCCAACAGCCCCCUGGGGCCCAUGGGACUCUCUGGACAGCCUUCUCCACAGGCCUGCAGCCCUGUCCUGGCUGGGUUGUCCCCUGCAGGUCCCUUGGUGCACCCAUUGACCCAACAGGGAGAGAGGCUGAACAUCAAACAGGAGCCAGAGGAUAGAGAGCCCACCUUCCGUACCAUCGGUCUACAGGAUAUUACGCUUGACGAUGUGAAUGAGAUCAUAGGCAGAGACAUGUCUCAGGCCCCAGAGGCUCAUGGGGGCUCGCCAGCUGCACACAGUCAGUCCUAGCCCACACCAAGUCACGUCAGACUCUCAGACAAUCUCCACAGGACUCCAGAGCCGGGUAACGAGAUUCCACCCAAAGCCAGCGUCUGCCCCGAUAGUCCAAAAACAACCCUUCCUAGCGUGGAUCCAGAAGCAAUUUGAGCGACCAUUAUUCCUUCUUCUAGAUUCACAAACACGGCUGUGGCUGUAAAGAAUAACAGCUGGGAGAGUUGGGGGUACUGUACGCAUGCACACAAAAUCAGGUGUACUGUACAUAUACACGAACACAGACGUGGUUGAGUGGCAGUAAACUUGGAUUUGUGUUGUUCUCCUGGAAAUAAAACCAAUAAUUCAGGGCUAUCUGACAGCAUGAUGUAUUAUUAUUUGUAGCUUGCAGAUUCACCCCUGAGAUUGGCUAGCUAUGCAUUCGAGCACCCUCAUCCCUGACCGGAAUAUGCAGUACACAGCAGCGAUUCUACAGUCACUUUAGUGGGAUAGCCGAGGGGUGCUCCAAGCGUGAUGCAUCCCCACGUCACGCCUUCUUACCAGCGAAAACGCCGCCUUUUUCAGUACACAUUCUCCCAGUGCUGCCCCCUAGUGGACGGGGCCUCGGGUCUGUAGUAACAAUAUGCAACAUUCCACAUGUCUAGUGACCUUUCUGAGCUGUAGAUAAUCUGUUUAAUGAUUGGCCCAUUUCCUCUUCAGGUUGAACAAAUGCCUUAUGUAGUAGCCGUGAUUGUGAACAGGCUUUCUGCUGAGAAUUUAUAUUAGUUUUUUCUUUUCCAUUUUUUUUUUGGUUUGUUUUUUGAUGAGGAGAAAGAGGAGGACACGGUUGAAUCCAGUGUGUGUAUUUUAUACUUAGAAAGUAGCUGAGCUUCAUCUUUUGUUCUGGAGUGCUGGGAACUGUGUUGGUUCAAUCUUACUUUGACAGUGCUGUGCUUUAAAAGUCAAGUGAAUUGUUUGCAGACUCUAAAGAUUACAUACGUGUUUUGUAUAGUUGCAUGGGAAGGUCUGGAGAUAAUAAAGCUCAUACAUAUAUAUUUUAGUGCUGGGCAACGAUUAAACUUUUUAAUCGAGAU